CCGGCGGAGGAGGGGAACGGGAGGGUGGGGCUUGGCGAAGGGCAAUGGCAGGGCAAGACUUAAAAGGGGAUGACCCCAGCUAGUUGAUGCCACCGGUGACUUCCAACGCCCAGGGCAAGGGGACCCCACGAGGGAUCACGGCGGAGGCAGCCCGCGGGCUCGCGAGGGAGGCGCGCACACGCGAAAGGGAGCCCCGGCAGCCGCGCCACCAUGUGCGAGCUGUACAGCAAGCAGGACACCCUGGCGCUGAGGAGGAAGCACAUCGGACCCUCAUGCAAAGUUUUCUUUGCUGCGGAUCCCAUCAAAAUAGUGCGAGCCCAGCGGCAGUACAUGUUUGACGAGACAGGUGAACAGUACCUCGACUGCAUCAACAACGUUGCCCACGUGGGACACUGCCACCCAGAAGUGGUCAAGGCUGCCCUGAAACAGAUGGAACUGCUAAACACAAAUUCUCGAUUCCUCCACGACAAUAUUGUGGAGUACGCCAGGCGCCUUGCAGCAACCCUGCCGGAGAAACUCUCUGUUUGCUAUUUUACAAAUUCAGGAUCUGAAGCCAAUGACUUAGCCUUACGUUUGGCUCGGCAAUUCAGAGGCCACCAAGAUGUGAUUACCCUUGACCAUGCUUAUCAUGGUCACCUAUCAUCUUUAAUUGAGAUCAGUCCAUAUAAAUUCCGAAAGGGCAAAGAUGUCAAGAAAGCAUUUGUGCAUGUGGCACCAACUCCAGAUACUUACAGAGGCAAAUACAGAGAAGAUCAUGCAGACCCAGCCAGCGCUUAUGCAGAGGAAGUAAAGGAAAUUAUUGAAGAAGCUCAUAACAGUGGAAGGAAGAUUGCUGCCUUUAUUGCUGAAUCCAUGCAGAGUUGUGGCGGACAAAUAAUUCCUCCAGCAGGCUACUUCCAGAAAGUGGCAGAAUACGUACACAGAGCAGGAGGUGUGUUUAUAGCUGAUGAAGUUCAGGUGGGCUUUGGCCGAGUUGGGAAACAUUUCUGGAGCUUCCAAAUGCAUGGUGAAGACUUUGUUCCAGACAUCGUCACAAUGGGAAAACCAAUGGGCAAUGGCCACCCAAUGGCAUGCGUGGUAACAACCAAAGAAAUCGCAGAAGCCUUCAGCAGUUCUGGGAUGGAAUAUUUCAAUACGUAUGGAGGAAAUCCAGUAUCUUCUGCUGUUGGUUUGGCUGUCCUGAAUAUAAUCGAAAAUGAAGACCUUCAAGGAAAUGCCACUAGAGUAGGGGAUUAUCUUACUGAGUUACUCAAUAAACAGAAGGCUAAACAUACUUUGAUAGGAGACAUCAGAGGCAUUGGCCUGUUUAUUGGAAUUGACUUGGUGAAGGACCGUCAGAAGAGGACCCCCGCCACAGAUGAAGCUCAACAUGUCAUCUACGAGAUGAAAGAAAAGCGAGUCCUUCUCAGUGCCGACGGACCUCAUCGAAAUGUGCUUAAAAUAAAACCACCUAUGUGCUUCACGGAAGAAGAUGCGAAGUUUAUGGUGGACAAACUCGAUGAGAUUCUAACAGUUUUAGAAGAAGCCAUCGGAGUCCAAAGUGAGAGUAUGAUCUCUGAGAAUGCUCCAUGCAGAGCAAAGUUGCCGAAUGAAGCACACUCAGAACUGCUCAGUGACGGCACCUCGGACCCCAGGGAAAAUCCCAGCCCAAAGAGGAACGGACUGUGCACAGAUAAACAUUCCCUGCUCAGUAAGAGGCUCAAGACAUGAGAGAUCAACACUGUAAAGCAGGACAAAUGUCCAGGGGUAUAGAGAAUCAUUGGAAGUGUUUCUUCUCUUAGCAGCUCUAUCGUACCUACUCUAACGGUAGAAUUUGCGUUCCGUUUCGGUGUGUUGAUAAAAAGGUAACGGAGUGAAAAGAAUAAGCCAAGUGAUAAUCAAA